GGUAUGAGUCCAGUUUAUUUACAUCUACCUCGCGAGCUGUCCGUAAAACUUUAAAACGCGACGCGAUUUUAUUGGAGCUUCGUGCGAAUGUGCGACUCGCCCUUGCCGUUCAGCUGAGCGCCACAACAACCCCAGUGGAAAGUACAUGGCGCGCGCACUGAGCAUUCGCUCUACAUAUGUACAUGGCAUGUAGUGGCUCUUGGCGAAUGGAAACGCAUUAUUUUCGGCUAUGUGCUGCAUUCAUUAUAUGCAAUCCAAACUGUUUGAUAACGGCUUGAAGUUGGAUAUUUCCAGCUAUACCCACAUGAACAUACGGAUAGGCACGAAGGGCAAGCGGCCGUUGCGUAGCUUGACCCCCCGCGACAAGAUUCAUGCGAUUCAGCGUAUCCAUGAUGGUGAAUCCAAAGCCUCUGUGGCCCGGGACAUAGGUGUGCCCGAAUCGACUCUGCGCGGCUGGUGCAAGAACGAAGACAAGCUCCGGUUUAUGUCCCGCCAAUCGGCAGCCGACAAGAUGUGCGCCGAUUCGCUGGUGGAUAAGCUGGACGGCUCUGCCGGCUUGCUGGGGCCGCCUGAGAAGCGCCAACGUCUCGAAAACACCCUGCCUCUGAAUUUCUCAAAUAAAAUGAACUUUGACGAGCUUGCGUUCAAGCGAUCGCCCCUGAAUGGCUUGGAUUAUAGUACAAAUAAGAGUCUAUCAGAAAUGAACUACAACGGACUACCAGUUGAUUAUGUGGGAUUCAACGGAGCGAUCAAAAACAAGGUGUUUGGUGCAGAUAUUUCCCGGUCCGGGCCCUCUGAUCCCUCGCUAAACGCCAUAAGCCCUCUCUCGAGUCUCACACAUCUGUCUGGCCUCACUGGCAUAUCGCAAUCCCCGCUAGCAAUCAGCUUCAAUGAGCUCACCUCAAAUCUUAAUCUGCUGGCUCAGCUAAACCCCGGCCUGGCAGCGAUGUCGGGAUUAAAUAACUUUGCAGCCACAGCCAACACAUUGCGCAACCCAAAGGCUAAUGUGCAGGCGCAGCAGCAACAAGUACAGAGUCCUCAAAGCGACAACGGAGACCGGGAACGUACCCCCGCGUUGUCCGUCAAGAACUGGGCCAAGCAGAAGCCAUCAGGGACCAGCUCGGCUGCCGGAGAGUGUGACAUGAAGAACGGAAACAUGAAGAGUCCGAGUCCAAAGCUCGCUCCUUCACUUGUUGGCUGUGUUGCGCCGCUGUCAGGACUCCCCGACGAUCCUUUGCUAUACUGGCUCAAGUCACAGCAGGCAAUGCUGGGACUCAACAGCCUGUAUCCCCCGCCAGCAGCAUUGGGCGUGACAAGUCCUCCAAUCCGAUCCUCGACGCCGCAGCAGAUGAAUCAAUAUCCCAACACUCCGCCAGUUCCAUCGACCCCAAUGGCUCCAUCAUCGCCAGCUCUCGGGGGCUUGGACGACAAGAACUCGGCCUGGUACAACUGGUGCAAGGCCUUCGGCGCCAGUCUGCACUCCCUCAACCCGAACUCUGCCACGCUGGCAGCACUGCAAGCAAACUCACUGCACCAUCAGGCGUCGUCGACUACGGCGGAGACCACGAAUCAGCAGCAGUUUGACAAUAUUUUAUACUCGCAGUUGACAAAGGAAACCGGAUCGCCAUCGGUGCGAAGCGUCUCGUCUAAUGAGCAGAAUCAAACAGAACAGAAUGACGCAGCCACGGACCUGGAGGCAGGGCCUGAAGGUGAGCCCGAAGUCUCGGGAAAACCAGAGGACCUGUCGGCCAAGUCUGCGAAAUCAGCGAGCUCAUCCACAACCCCGACCAUGCCUUCUCCGCACGUCGUUGCCAACAGCCGUGAUCAGACUCCCGAGCCGUGCACGGCAGUCACCGGUCAAUCCGCGACAAAUCCAAGCGCCGAGCUGAACAGCACCUCGUGUAGUGUGGGCGAGGACUGCAAGAACGUCCUCAGCAAUAUAAUCUACAAAAUUGGCAACAUUGUAGGCACAGAUCCCUCAGAACAGCCCCCCACGCCCGUAAGCCCCGAGCUGGGCUGCGAAUCGGAGACGAGCUUCAACAGUGAUACGCAUCCCCACAACAAUAACGACGUCAGUGCGAGCAACAAUAACAACAACUCCAACAAGACCGACGAGGAGGAGCGGGCCAAGUACGCGGAUUACGCAGCCGAAAUCGAAGAAGUUGUCGCCAUUAGGCACGGCGAAAAGUUCCUGCAGUGGCUCGAGAACUGCAGCAAUCCGCGGGUCACAGCGGUCCAGCUGAUGCAGCUCAGAUUCCUGAUCGCAGCCAUCAAGUCGAGCAGUGAUGCGCAAGGCGCCUCGAAGUCCGCUGACAACUGCCACAACGAGAACGAAGACAACUCCCAUGAGGACACCAGUAGAAACAAGUCCCGUCGCCGCAAAUAGGAUAAGCCGAAGUUGGCACCUCUGGGGCCAGCCACGGAUAUUGCGUCAACGGCGAUUGGGCAGCAGCACGAGAAUGCGACCGAAAUCGAUGCCGAAGGACAGAGCUGUAGCUUGAGAGCUGUGGACUCGAGACCACCUGAAGAUCUGAGCUCUUCAGUUGGCGUCGAGCCCCUCAACUCCCUAUCGAGCAGGUGCCAGCAGUUCGCUCCGGCUGUUUACCAGUCGUCAGCAACGCUGCUCAGCUCGCUGAUCUUCCCCCCUUACGAAUUUGUACACUGUGACCUCGAUGAUGACCCCGACGACUGUCAAAUAACGGGCGAGUACCAGCAGUCCGACGAGUUCAGCUCCAGCAGCAGUAGCGACGAAAAUGUACAGAAUGACCUAGAAUAACUAAUUCGAUUUCUUCCGACCCAUUCAUUAUAUAUAUCAAUGUUUACGUACAAUGUUUAAAUCAUAGAGUCACGUCAGAUCUUGCUUCGCGAAACUCAUUUUUGUGAAUUUUACCAUUUGAUUAGAUAAGAUUAAGGAAUAUACUGUUUUCGUUUACGAUUUGCAAUUCCUUUCUAAC